AUGGUUCUACCGAGUUUCCCUUUGCUCCAGUCCUACUUUUACAAGUCUUCAUAUGGCGUCAGGCCUUCUUCGACUCUUGUUGCUCUCAGCCUGCUUCUACUCGCUCUCCCUCCCUCUCUCCCUCAACAAGUCUCCGUCACGGCCUUGAACUACGUGGUCACACCUGGCCGGCUUGUCGCUCGUCAGCCCUUCCGCGAUCAGCCGAUCCUCGAGCUCCUCAACUCGUCUAUGGUAAGGGAAGUGCGAGACAGCAGCAGCCAGGUCCAGGUGAUGAUCAACUCGGGAGAGCUCUACGGCAAGUCCAUCGUACAGGCGACGGGCGGGCUCGCUGUCUUCACUGACCUUAUGCUGCCCACUGCGGGCUCGACGUUCAAGCUCACGUUCCAGAUCUCUGGCUCAGCCAUCAUCUUAACUUUUCCGAAAGAACCUAACUCUAACUUCGCCGUGUCGGCUCCUGUGGGAAGAUUCAGGUACUCAGCAAACAUCCCCAACAGCUGGGGAGCAGUACAGGCUGGGGUGCCGAUGAACCCCUCCCCUGCCGUGGACCUGAUUAACGACAACGAAGUGAUUGUCCAAGACGCCUACAUUGCCGUCUACCUCCAGCUGACGGCCAGCUCCUCCCCGAGCCCGUUCCCUCCUCUCCAGCCGACCCUCCCCCUCACCGAGAGCUCGUGCUGCAGGCAGGCUAACUGCGAGGCCUUGAAGAGCUACACGAACGUUUGCUGCGACUGCUCGUCGGCCGCCUGCCUCUUCUGUCGGGUCCCAAACGCAGGAGUUGUCUCUUUCACGGACUUGGUGAUCAACAAGGCUGGCACAUACUCCCUCGCCUUCAGCUCCACCCUCUACUUCCUCGGCCAGUCCUCUGUCAUCAGGCUCGCCCCGACGGGGAGCCUUCAGAUCGUCCCGGGAGUCAUCGAUCGCAUCGUCCUCCUGAACCAGCCGACGGUAGCGAAGAUCGGGAACACGACGGGAUUUGAGAGCGCUCUGUUUCCCCAGCAGCCUUCGGGCUCCUUCAGUGACAAUCAGCUCAACCCGAUAUUCGUCACUGGAUCCUACGCCUCCUCGGUCUUCGUCGCCAUUCCCUGCCUCGACUACACCGACGCGCUGGCCGACCCUCCUCCCGUCCCCAUCUGCAACUGCUCGGACUCCUCUUGCCUCGGAGCCCCCGUCUACAUCGCUGAGGGGAUCGCGCUGGGGCAGGUGGGGCUGACAGGCAACGUGGCGGCCAAGUAUUCGACGACGACAGGGGCAGCGACCUUCACGGAUCUCGGUACUUACAUCUCGCGCUCCGACUUUCGUCUUGCAUUCCGUAUCAGUGUCGACAGCUUCUUCGAGCAGAUCUCUGUCUUGACCAACCCCAUCUACAUCUCCCCAGGCAAGCUGGUCUCUCUCUCCUUCCUCUACCAGCCCUCUGCCUCUCGCUCCCCCUCCUGCUCCAGAUGUCCGGUCGGGACUUUCGUGGUGAACACGCCGGUCAACGUGUCGGUGAAGCUGAGGGACUUCUACGGCAACAUCAUCUCGUCCUGCAGCGACUCCUCUGUCUUCUGCAGCGGCGUGCCUUCCAGCCAGGUGGCGCUGACGGAGCUCGUGACGAGCAUGGGGAACGUGUCACUGGGCAAGGCGUUCAUCCGACAGGCUUCACGAGGCGUUGCCUCCUUCACGGACAUUGUCUUCACCCGGGCCGCUCCCUCCAACAGGUUCAUCGUCGUUGCUCCUUCCACCGACUUCGUGAGCGGCAAGACCAUCGAAGUCUCUACCCUCUCCAACUCUUUCUUGCUCGUCAGCGGCCCCCCCUCAAGGAUGUCCGUCGCUCCAGUCUUCGCAGCUGAGAACGAGAUCUUCCCCUCCCCUCUCACUGUCGUCCUCCUCGACCAGUGGGGCAACGUCGCGUCCAGCGACUGCCAUGAGGGCUGCGCGACUGAGUCAGGAACGUGCGAGGCCGAGAGUCUCCGCUGCUCUCCUACCGUCCUCGUCUCUCUCCUCCCAAGCUCUCCGCAGGCACUGCUGCUCGGGUCCAGCAACGUCACGUCGGAGAAGGGAGUCGCUCGCUUCCCGGAUCUGCGCGUGGCCGUGCAGAACCCCAGCUGCGGCAUGUGGACCGCGAGCUCGUCGACCUUCACAGUGGAGGUGAGGGUGAUGCUGGCGGACGGGAGCAGGACGUUCACGAGCACGGGCUCCGUCGUUGUCGCUCACGGGGCCAGCAGUCUGCUCCUCCCGACAUCCGGGCAGCCGCAGACGAGCGUCGCCACUGAGACUUUCAGGAAUCCGGUGAUAGUGCAGGUCAUGGACUGCUUCCUAAGAAACGUCGAGAACGCUUCCUCAUACGUGUCUGUGAGGAUUCAGGACAACCCGUCCGGCGCCUUCCUCUCGGGAACCUCGCGCGUAAAGGCGGCAGGAGGAAGCGCUAUCUUCACGGACCUCAGCCUGGACAAGGACGGCUCGGGCUACUCUCUCCUCUUCUCCUACGAGGGCUUCACCUCCGUCACCCCCGUCACCUCCUCCUCCUUCGACGUGAUCAAGCAGGUCUCCCUCCUCCAGCUCGCAGAGUUUCCGACGGGCAACCAGACGAGCGGCUCCCUGCUCAAGGCGCAGCCGCGGGUGAUCCUGCGCGACUCGUCGCAACAGCAGGUGUCCCUGUCUCAGGCCGAGGUCAGCGUAGUCCUCCUCCAAAACCCCGCGCUGCUGCAGCCGCAGGACCCGAACAACUCUCCUCUCCUCGGGACCACCACAGUCAAGGCCAGCGCAGGGCAGGCGAUCUUCACGGACCUGAUGCUGCUCAAGGCGUCAGUGGGGCAGGGGUUGCAGCAGGAGGGCUACGUCCUCCGCUUCCUCUUCCGCAACUCCAUCGUGACUGACGGCAGCCCCUUCAAGGUCCUGCCGGGCAGCUGGUCGCAGCUCUUCAUCCUCCCCUCCUCUCAGCCCGUCACCUCCGUCGCUGGGCUGCCGCUCGCCGUGCAGCCUCGCGUGCUGCUGACCGACCUGAACAAGAACCUCGUGCUGCCCAGCCAGCUCCCAGCAGGAAUCAAGGUCAACGUGUCCCUCCUCGUGGACGGGCAGACGCAGACGAGGGUGGGGAUACAAGCGGACGGCUGCCAGGAGCGAUGUGUCGGAGAGUUUCCCACCUCCUGCUCCACCUGCCCCGACCACUCCCUGCUCGCCUCCGCCAGCUAUGCGGCGUUCACCAACCUCCGCAUCGAUCAGAGCAGUUCCCGGUACUCCCUCUUCUUCUCCGCCGUCUCCUCCUCCGGCCUGCCCCUCGGCUUCAACACCACCAGCCGAGUCUUCACGGUGGUCAACAGCGAGCCAUCCUUCGUCCUGGUCGCCCGCCAGCCCUCCAAGCUCAACUUCGCCGACAAGCCUCUCCUCCAGCAGCCGCAGGUCAGCGUCCGCGAUCGGUUCGGGAACGAGGCGUCAGAAUUGAGGGAAGGAGAACUGCACGUGCGGGUGGAACUGAAGGAGGGGAAGGUGGGGAAGCUGCGGUGCUACCCGCUGCUCUCCUACUUCGACGGGACGUUCAACGUGCGCGUGCUCAACGGGACCUCCUCCUUCACCGACCUCGCGGUCCGUCGAGCCAUGACGUCCUUCCAGUUCAGCUUCUCCCUCUCCUCAAACCCCAACAUCUCCACCACCUCCGACCUCUUCGACGUCGACCCGGGGCAGACCAUCGGUCUCUGCAACAUCUCCCUCCCUGACCGCUGCUCCUCCUUCUCCCCCUGCCUCGACCCCGGCAAGAUCUCCUGCGUCGACGCCUACGGCAACGUCCAGCCCUCCUGCUCCACCUGCUUCGGGUCGGACUGCGGCCUCGGGCCCCUUGUCCCCUACCCUGUCGGCGUCUCCUCCAACUGCGUAGGGAAGGUUUGCAUGAUCCUGGUGGCGGGCCCAGCAGGCGCGAGGGUCUCGCUCGCCUCCUCCCCCUCCGUCCACUGCAACGACGACAACCUGACCCUCAUCAGCGGCAGCUUCCCCUGCUCCAGCUCGCUCGUAGCUGGGGUGUCGACCUUCAGCGGUGUGACCUUCACCUCGGCCUCCCUGCGGUACCAGCUCAAGUUCUUCACGUUCGUGGUCAACCCGAGGACGCGGACGAUCCUCGAGUGGUCCUACCUGUCGCCUCCCAUCGAGAACCUUCUGCAGAGCCCUCGCAUCUCCCUCGCCUUCUUCUCCCAGCAGUCCAUGGGCACCAUCCUCGUCACCUUCGACCGCCCGACCAACUUGAAUCAGAUCCCCGACCCCUCCAAGCAGUUCGACUGCCUCGACGUCUUCGCCUCUGCCUUCGCCUCCUCCCUCGGCGACUCCCCCACCUGCACCUGGCUCAACGCCUCUGUCCUCCAGAUCAUCGUCGGCAGCAACCCGCUGGUAAACGCUUCCUCCACCGUCCUGCUCAGCAGCAAGUCCAACAUCACCUUCGAGAGCGAGCUGGAGGGCGUCCGCCUCGCCUCCCUCCCCGCCACCACAAAUGUCGGGCAGGUGGUGGGAGGAGUUCCGAUCACAGCCGUCAACGUCUCCCUCCCUGCCUCCCUCCCCCAGCCGGAGAUCUUGAUCCUUGGCCCGGACGUGCUCAGUUCAUGCGACUACAUUACCGCUGACGCCAGCCUGACGACGGGAGCAGCGUCGAGGGCGUUCAAGGAGGUCAGCUGGGCCCUGGACUACCAGCAGUCGUACCUCUCCUCAGGUCUUCUCGCCAGCACGGAGACUGUCUCGCAGUUUGUGAUCCGCCAGGUUUCCUUCCAGUCGCUCAUGCCCCUGGACCUCAACCUCGUCCGCCUCUUCUUCCGCGGCAACUCCUCCCUCCUCCCCAACACCACCAUCGUCAUCUCCGGCCUCCCCCCCUACAACUUCUCCCUCAACGUCUCCCUCACCAGCUGCUUCGACAACGACGGCAUCUGCGCAGCGAUCCCCCUCGCAGGCAACGGCUCCUACCUCUUCGCAGGCAGCUCCUCGGUCAACUCCUCGGCCCAGCCCUUCCUGCACCAUCGCAUCGCGAGCAACCGACUCGACACGCUGCUGCUGCGCCUUCAUCCUUCCCACAGGAUGCGACCGGAGGACGAGCACGUCAUCGAGUUCAACCUCACCAACCCAUCGCUUCCCUUCCCCUCCCAGUCCCUCAGCCUCGCCGUCACCUGCCCCAGCUGCGCAUGCAACGACGCCGUCUGCUCCUCCAAGAGGUCCUCCAACCAGCCCCCCGUCACCCUCCUCGCCAAGUGCGCGGACGAGCCCUGCUUGACUCCAGCUACCUACUCCCUGCUGGACCCCAGCAUCCUCCUCUCGGCCUCCGUCACUGAGACCGUCCGGGUCAACUCAGCCGUCAACUCGCUCGUCCUCUCCAUCACCGUCCCGCAGGCCAUCGCGGCGAGGUCUGCCUUCCUCCUCACGGGCCUUCCUUCCCAGCUCAGCGGCUUCCAGCUCCUCUGCGCGCAGGAGACGAGCGGCAGCUUCCUGCAGUCCUUUGGCUGCGCAGACAAGACGUCGCUGCUCUACGACUGGCUGCCCUCCUCCUCCUCCUUCACCUUCUAUGCCCGCAACGACUCGCUCAUCCCAGCUGGGACCAAGCUGAGCCUUGUCUUCAAGGUCAACAACGUCAUGAGCAUCAGCCGGCAGGCCUGCUCCCAGCUCCCCCCCAGCUCCUGCCCGUCGCUCUUCCAGCUCUCUCUCCGCGUCUCCUACAACCCAGCCACUGUGCUGCUCAAGCCGGCUUCUCCCGUAGCUGGGGACCCCUCGCGGGAGUCGGCGGGUUGGAUCUUUCUCGAGCUAAGCGUCAACGUGGACGUGCAGGAGGGAGCGACGCUUGAGGUGACGAACCUGCCGGGGAGGAAGGAGGAGAGGACGAUGUUCCUGCGGUACCAGAAGGCGGACGGGAGUCAGCAGACCUCCCAGACUUGCCUCCUCCCCCAGCUCACCGUCUCCUCGACCAGCAGCUGGAGGCUGCAGGCGGGUUGUGACAUCCAAGCUCACUCCAAGUUUGCGCUGCUACUGCGAGUCGGCGACCUGCUGGGCUCGAACUUCUCGUCCUCGACCUUCGUGACGGUGACGGUGGGAGCGGCCAGCUGCUCACUCUGCCUGCCCCUCUCGUGCUCCUGCAACAACGUGAACUACCAGGCCUGGCGCACCAGCCCCUUCAGCUUCCGGCAGUCCCUCCUGGAGCCCUCGAGCGACAACUUCCGCUUCACCUUCCUCUCCGUGCAGGAGAGCAACCGGGUUCCCUAUCAAGGCAACAAUCUCUCCUUCUCCUUCGCCCUCUCCGUCUCCUCCUUCCCUUCUGCCAACGUCACCAUCACCGGCUUGACAGGCCUCCGCCUCCCUCCUGGACCUGCUCGCCUCUUCUCCUCCUCGGGGGCUCUUCACCCCAACGUCUCUCAGGGCAGCAUCUUCUUCGACGAGCAGCUGGGCGUCCUCUCCUUCGCCGUCUCCUCCUCCAUCACCGCAGGCGUCAAGUUUGACUUCACGUGCUCCUUCAGCAACGGCAACCGACAGGCCAACACGACGAGCAGGCAGAGCAUCGUCCUCAACGCGCUCGUCAACACCUGCGACCCCGCGCAGCAGCAGCGCUGCUCCUACCUCGCCGACAGCCAGCAGGCAGCCCAACUCAUGACUGCAGCAGGAAAUUUCUCGCAGACGAUUCUGACAGGACAGGAUCCUCCGGCGAUGCUGGAGGGAUCGAUCCGCGAUUCUUCCCGAGCUGUCUCAGCUCUCAACGUGCUGCUCGUCCAGCUCUCCUUCAACUUCGCGCUCCCUCCCGCCACCAACCUGACGCUCUCGCGCCUCAACGGCAAGACCGUCGGAGGGUCUUCGAUCCUCGGCAUCACAGCCGUCAACGACUUCAACCUCCUCCUCCCCAACGCCUCCUGCUCCUCCGGCGCCACCUCCUCCUACGAGCAGCAGAUGCGCGUCUGGCAGCCUGACGUGUACCAGGAUGGGGGGAACUUGUUCGGCCGGCAGGUCAUGGGAGGAGGAGGAUCGCUCGUGUUCCCCAACGCCGUCGGCUCCUUGACCUACGACUCCAGCAGCGCCGUCUUGUUUCUCCAGACCGAUCCCACCAAGACCUUCCCUGCUCGCCGGCUCCUUCAGUUCGCCUUCACGCUGGUCAACCCUCCCUCCCUCCUUUCCUCCGCCCCCGUCCUCCUCUCCGUGAGCUGCCCGGCCAGCGGCGGUGGCGACCCCGUGCGACUGACGGACGCGGAGCUGGUGGGUCAGGUGUUGUCGCCCUCGCAGACGAGCUGCGGGUACCGAACGCUCGCGAUCAAGGAGGAGAGCAGCGUGCUGUCAGCCAACAACCUCAUCACCGUCUCCAUCGCCUCCUCCUGCCCCAUCCUCUCCUUCCCCUCCCUCUUCGCCUCCAUCACCAUCACAGGACUCACGGGCUACACCACUCCUACCGGCCUCCUCCCCCUCUCCGGCCCCAACGUCCAGCAGGCGUCCUGCAGAGGCUACGGCAACUGGAGCAGAGAGCUUGCUUCCCUCAUCUUGGUCUCCCCGUGGCUUCCGGGCGACUGUCCGACGGGCGUCGCGUGUCCCUUCGGAGCUCCGAUCAGCUUCUCCUUCUACCUCCGCAACCGAGACUCCGUCGCCGCGGGUCAGAGCUUCCCUCAGAUCUCGGCCCGCACGAGCGUCGGGAGCGCCAGCCUCCUCCUGCCCCUCACUGACUUCGGGGGCGUCUCGCUCGGGCGCGCGACAGGGCAGGCGCAGGUGACGGAGGCGCUGGUGAAUCAAAACUCAACGGUGAGGAGGAGGAGGAGGAGGAGGAGGAGGAGGGGCCGGGGGGACGGCAGGUGGCCUCAUCAUGGAACAAUCUUUCCUUCUCCUUCUCCUUUAACGUUGAGCUGUGUGGCUCGAGCCAUCAACUACAUCACCGUCGGCCUCACGUUCAACAUCGACAUCCCUGCCGGCUCCUCCAUGCUCCUCACCAGCUUCAGAAGUUUCUCAUCCCCCUCCUCCUCCUUCGCUCUCGUCGGACCCAGCGCCAGCCUCUUCUCCUCAAGCUCGACGGUCGCGGUGGUGGAUCAGACUGCCCUGCUCAACGUGCUGCUAGUGACGGCAACGACGAUCAAGGCCGGGCAGAACGUGGACUUCUCCUUCUACCUGCGGAACCCCGACUGCUCGGUCGCCUCCUUCUGUCGAGGAGCGAUCGUUCAGCUUCAGGUCACAGGAGAAGUCUCGAUCCCUCCGACCAGCAUGGACGGAGGUCUCGUCAUGAACGCGGGGGCGAAACUCUCGUGGGUCGUCAAGACUGUCCGCGAGACAACAUCGCUCGGCUCGGAGUGGAACUCGCUCAUCGUGCGUCUGGUCCCGUCGGCUCCUCUCUUCCAGGGCUCCAUCCUCUCCCUCUCGGGUCUCUUCCCCCCCGGCGUGACUCUCAUCCCCCCCAUGUGCUUCCAGUGCGACAAGUCGGCCGGCUGGACCCUCGGCAUGGGCUGCUCAUCCUUAUGUGCCGCCUGUGACAACCCAGCCUUCCCGCUCGACCCGGGCAGAUGCGCCGUCAUCGCCGACCUCCAGGGCAACCCGCACCCCUCCUUCGUCUCCUCCCUCGGCUUCUUCUCAGCUGACGGGACCCUCGUGAUGACCCUCAGCUCGGGUCACUCGAUCUCCGACGCCGACGGCCUUGAGUUCGCCAUCCGCCUCAAGAACAGCGCCGCUCCCCAGCUGCGAAGAGAGUGUAACGUCCUCACUUCCUCCAACUGCCUUCAAGUUCGCGCUUCCUCUGUCCGCCUCUGCGAACCCCUCGGCCCGCCCAGCACGGGCUGUACUGAGACGGACACCUUCGAAUCGACGGGCUCAGAUGCUGUGGACGCGCAGGGGCAGCAGCUCUACGACACGUGCGGCACCUGCCUGCGUCCUGCCGACCUCUACGAGGUCAACCUGGUGCUCUCUGCGAUCCACUCUCUGGUGCUGCAGGAGGUGCGCGCGUAUCCUCCCUCCCUCGCUCGCCUCCCCGUCUACCAGCAGGGCACCAUCAACACCGGGCAGUACCAACUCCAGCUGAAGGUGAGCAACUGGCUGGGAAUGACGAGCACAGGGGUCCUCAGGUUCGUCAAGGAGCAGGGGACGAACUGGCUCUACUUCUCGGGGGUCCCUCAGCCAACCAUCUUCAUCCAGGACUCCCGCGCGCUGCUGCUGGGCAGGGACCAGCAGCUCCAGCUGACGGCCAUGGCCAAGGCUGCCGACUGCCUCGCCUCCGCCUCCUCCGACGCCCUGAGGUACCAAUGGGGGCUCACGUGCGUGGAGGGCAUGUGCCUCCGGCGACCCCUCCCGCUCUCGAGCCUCGUGCUCUCCGACUCCACCCGCAUCCUCCAGGUGCUGCCCCUCAAGCUCGCCGCCGACUCCAAGUACAGCUUCAGCUGCGAGGCUCAGCAGAGCUCCAUCGCCCGGGACCCGAGGAGAGGCAACCCCUCGGCUACCGUCUCUCUCUCCAUCCCCAUCCGCCCGCUCCUCGUCUCCUUCUCCGGCAUCAGCUCAGGGGGUCCCAUGCCCGCCGCCUCCUCCAUCCUCCUCACCGCCAAGGUCACGGACCCUGAGGCGGACAUGACGGGCCUGAACAGCCCCGGAGGCUUCAGCUACUCGUGGGGUUGUGCUCAACGCGAGCUGACCGGCGACUGCUCCUCCUCCCUCCUCUGCGCCUCCCAGCAGAGCGUCGCCUGCGAGCAGGGGACCCUGGUGGUCAGCCAGCUGGGGUCGACGGUGACGAUCAGCUCGGGGCGGCUGAAGGCGGGGAAGGUGUACGAGGUGUCGCUCAACGUGACCCGCAAGCUCCUCAUGGUCUCCACCCUCAUCUACGACCCCAACAAGCCGACCGACUCUGUUCCCCCCCUCUGGUUCCAGCAGACCUCCACCAGCGACUGGUUCUACACCGUCAGCGCAUCCAGCCUGCCUGCCGUCUCCCUUCAGCUCUGCUCCAGCUUGUACCUCGGGAAGCCUCAGCUGUGCCAGGACGGGAAGACGAGCGACCUGAUGAUCAACGCGGACGACAAGCUCGUGCUGGACGCGACGGUGACGGCGAGCACGGCGAUCGUGAGCUAUGAGUGGUCGACCGAGAGCCUGGGGUCGAGGAAGAUGCUCGACCCGUCGCUGCUCCAGUCAAAGUCCUCCGUCAGUCGCGUCGUCCUCUCACCCAACAUUUUCGUGCCCGGCAAGACUGUCCUCCUCCGCCUCGACGCCAGGGACUCGCUCGGCCUCACUGGCUUCGCCCGCUUGCAGCUCACCGUCCGCCUCCCUCCCUCCGGCGGCGACUUCGUCGUCAGCCCCUCAGCUGGGGUCUCGCUGACCACGAGCUUCUCGCUGGCCGCGGAGGGGUGGGGAGCGAACCCAGAGGAUCUGCCGCUGGACCGCGGCUCUCUCUCAGUAGUCAACACCAGCCUGCCGCUGCUCGAUGGGCAGCAGACGCCUGCCAAGCUCUCGCGGCUCGUCUCCAUCUCGUCGCCCUCCUUCGCUGCCACGUCGCUCGCGUCCAUGAUCGACCUCGCCCUCACCUCCCGCGUCCAGCGUCUCUUCCGCAUUGCUGACGUCCAGGCCGUUCAGGUGGAGCUCGCGAAUCUGGCCAUGUUCAUGAACCGCGUGCCUCCCUGCCUCACCUCCCCGUCCUCCAACUGCUCGGGGAGCCUGGAUGAGCGGCGGGGGUACCGAGGGAAGCUGCUGCUGGCGCUCAAGCAGGCGAACCUGUCGCUCAUCCCAACCCCCGAGACCCUUCAGACGCAGGCGACGGUGGUAGCACAGAUCCUGGAAAAGCCGGAGGAGCUCGACUUGGAGCUCACCAGCUUCGCCUCCAGCAUCGUCUCCAGCUGCAUCCAUUCCUACCGCUACAACCUCGGUGACGUGGCAGUGGACAUGCAGGAGGCUGCCAAGAUGCUGACGGCAGCGACGACCAACUUGCUCCAUGCCCUCCAUGUCGUGACGAGGCAGAGCAGGAGGAGGCUCCUCUUACCGUCCUCCUCCUCUGCGCAGGAGGAUCACCUGCGAGCGCUGACCGUCACGCAAUCUCUGCAGUUGAGCGUCUUGAGGAACGUGGCAGCGAUCUCGUCGCUCUCCGUCUCUCAGUCGGACGUGAACUCGCUUCCUGUGGUGCUUCAGACCCCUCGCCUCACCAUCAACACUUCCCGCGUCCCCUCCUCCUACCUCGACGGCAACGGCUGGCUCGCGCAGGUGCAGGGCUCGACCGCUGUCACCGCCAACAUCCCCAACACCUUCACCGAGCUCUUCAAGCGCAAGUACGACAGCUACGAGAUCAUGCUCGCUGUAUGGAACGACUCGUUCACCGACGAGCUCGCGCUGCCUUCCAGGAAGGGUCCCUUCCUCGCCCUCGACGUCCGCCCCUUCGGAUCUGCGGACACCAUCGCGCUCCUCCCCGACCUCCCCAAGGAGCCGAUCAAGAUUCAAGCUCCCGUCCUCCAGCCCAUAGACUCCUCCGUCUCCUCCACCACCGGCACCAGCUUCUCGGCCUUCGGGGCUGCGCUAGACACAAGCAGCUGGAGUUGGAGCACGUCCAACAUCAAGCUAGUCAACGUGCUGUUUGACGUGGCUGUCUUCUCAGUGAUCUCUUUCAACUUCUUCUCUCUCAUCCAGGAACCCGCCGACUCCGCAGCGAGCCGGCCACACGGAGCGAUGAUCUAA